AUGGAUGACCACUUGCGGCUAUUCGACGCAAUUGACUGGUCAGCAACAAGUCUAGGACCACUUGAUAGCUGGCCACAGGAACUGGCGACUCAGGUCUUCCUCACUAUGCUACUACCAGACGCACAGUCUUUGGUUCUUGGAGAGGAUAUGGUGGUCAUCUACAAUCAAGCAUAUGGGCGCCUCAUUCGGGACCAUCAUCCAGGCUAUUUUGGACGUCCCGUGGCUAGCUGGACAGAGUGGCUACCGUACUUCGAGAAGAUGGCAGCAAUCUACGCACAAGCCGAGAAAACUGGACGUGCUUGGGUGACCUCAAAAUUCCCCAUGGUCAUGGACAGUGGUGGCUUCAAGGAGAACGUGGACUUCAGCUGCGCUGUCAUCUGUCUGCCUCCACCUUUGAAAGGAUUUCUCGGGUCCUUCAAGGAAACUACGGCGACCACCGCAGCUGAGAAAAGACACUCAAUCCUGGAGGACUUGAUUCCAGUAUGGAAGACAUCAUCUUCCUUGAAAGCACUUUGGGCCAAUGUGCUGAAAAGCGUUUCUCAACAUCCUGAGCUCUUCCCAUUCUGUUCGAUAUAUUCGACCACAUCAGCCAUACAGAUCGACCCAUCUUUGUCGGACUCAAGUGGGAAUGAAUCUGACGGUUGCAUCUACACACUUGAAGAAUCUGUUGAGAGUGAAGAUUCAGACAUUUCAGGGAUACUGCAGAGUCUUGACCUGGGGGCGGAGACGGACGAAAAGUCUCCAGACCCUUUCUUAUCAUAUUUUAAACGAGCCGAGACGACCAGAAGCCCUGUUACAAUGGAGAAAAGCGAUAUACCUUCUGAAUGGCAGAGUGUUGCAAAAGCUCGGGGUGUUUGCGAAUCCUGUCGAGGAGCUGUUGUUUGUCCUAGUAGCUCCAACCAGCUCAGCAGAGUACAGGCCUUUUUGGUUUUUGGCCUGUCGACUCGAGACACUUAUAACGAGUUAUAUCAAGAUUGGGUUUUGCGGCUACAGCGAGAGUUUUCAGAUAUCGUUGCCUCGAUACUCUCGACACAGGAAGCCGCUAGGAAGAAAAGGGAGACAGCGAGGAGACAGCAUCUCGAGUCAGAACUCCAAAGGAAGGAAACCGAACUUGCAGCACUCCGAGUCGAAAGGCUCACCAAGAUUGUUGGAUUGGCAAAUGUGGCGAUCUUCGAGCGUGAUCUGAGUGGCCGGAUCGUGUUUGCCAACGAUGCUUUCUACAAACUUGUUAGCACUCACAAGGAUCAGAGCGACGGAAUAUCGUUCCUUCCAAGCGAAAACUGGGACGCCUUGCUCCGAGGAGAAUCACAAACCUUCGAGUUGAGAUGCCUAAAGGGAACAUGGGGUCUUUGCAGCGCUUUACCGACCAGGAACCAGGAUGGCCAAAUAGAUUCCGUGAUAGGAGUAGUCACCGACAUCGAAUCACAGAAACGCGCCGAACAAGAAGCCCGUGCGAAAGUCGAUGCCCUAGAAAAGGCGCGGAUAGCUGAGAAACGAUACUUUCGAUUCAUGGAAAUCAUCCCUAGCGGCAUUGCCGUCGCAAACUCGGCUGGACAGAUCAUUUACGCAACAGAGGCGUGGUUUGAAAUGAGCGGACAUCGGCACUGUGACUUCGACCAAGUCAGUUGGCGGAGUGUCAUUCAUGAAGAAGACCUGAAGGGUGUCGAAAAACAAUUCUAUAAGCUCUCUAGAGGAUCGCAACCGCUGGAGUUUCAAUUUCGAAUGCGCCGACCUUGGAUAAAUUCAGCAGGCGAAAAUUGCGGCAGUUCCUGGAUGCUUUGUAAUGCGCUUCCCGAGCUCAGAGAAGACGGUUCAGUGGAGCGGGUGGUAAGCUCGAUUACUGACAUCUCACACCUCAAAUUUGCAGAAUCGGUGAAUUUCAAUCGCGUAGAAGAAGCCAACGAAAGCAAGAAGCACGCUUUGGCUUUUAUCGACAUGACUAGUCAUGAAAUUCGAAAUCCGCUAGGCGCAGUGAUCCAUUGCGCAGAUAGCGUGUCUGAAUGUCUGACAGAGCUCAGAAUGCUGCUUCCUGACCAAGAAAUACAAAGUCUAGAAGCAGAUACGGGUUCAGCAAAAAGUUCUCAGCACCUGACACAGCUGAUCGACGCUGGAACAGAUGCGAUCAACACCAUACUGUCAUGUUCAGAGCACAUGACGAACAUAAUAACAGACACCUUGACAUUGAGCAAGCUUGACGCCAAUCUAUUACGGAUCAGUCCUUCUGCAGUGCGGUCAGUCUCCAUGAUCCAAGACAUUCGGAAGAUGUUCGAGGUUGAGACCAAGAGACUGGACGUCAAUUUUAGCACGAUUGUCGAUUCAUCUUUAGCAGCACAGGAUGCGGAAUGGAUGGCCAUUGACAGUGGCAGAGUCAUGCAAAUCUUGAUCAAUCUUGUGAGCAACGCCAUCAAGUUUACAAAGACAAAGACAAGCGGACGAAAAGACGUGACAGUUCGCGUGGGUGCUUCCAAAACCCGUCCGCUCGAUCUUCCGGUCGAUUUUACUAUUGCGAGGGCGCUUCAAGACAGCAUAUACGAUACAGCCGAGUUCUCAGAAAACACUUGCUUCCUCUGGUUCACUGUCGAAGACACCGGUAUUGGCAUGAACUCAGAAGAGCAGAACAGAAUAUUCUCUCGAUUUGCGCAGGGCUCGAUUCGAACGCACAAGACAUAUGGAGGCUCAGGACUCGGCUUGUUCAUCAGCAGAACAUUGAGCGAGCUGCAAGGCGGAGAGAUUGGAGUCUCAAGUGAGGCCGGGAAAGGCUCUACUUUUGCUUUCUUCGUCAAGGCGCACACGACCUCGCCGCCGCAAGUGCAGGAAAACGGCCAUGAUGUCUCUAGGCAUGCAAGCCCAGCAGCUCAUGAUCUCAAGCCAGGAAAGAUACCAGUCAGUGUGCUGAUUGUUGAAGACAACGCCGUGAACCAACGCGUUCUGGAACGAAGCCUCAAAGUCAAGGGCUACGUAACGCACGUCGCAAAUCAUGGACAGGAAGCGCUUGACUUCUUAAAAAUGACCAAGCUAUGGAAGGGCAACGAGUCUAGCUCUGCUGCGCCAGAUAUAGAUGUCAUCCUCAUGGACGUAGAAAUGCCAAUCAUGGACGGCCUCGAAUGUGCAAGAAGAAUCAGAAACUACCAACUAACAGGUGAAAUGAGGCCAAAUGUUCCCAUCAUAGCCGCAUCUGCAAACGCAAGGCCUGAGCAGAUCCAAAUGGCUCUAGAAGCAGGAAUGGAUGACUCUAUUACAAAGCCAUUCAGAAUCCCAGAGUUGACGCCAAAGAUCGAUUCUUUCGCUGCAUGGGCAAGAGCACAAGGAUGA